AUGGCGGACGAUGUAUUUACGGUGGAGAAGUUGCUCAAGCGACGGGUGGUUAAGGGCAAAGUGCAGUACUUUGUGAAAUGGAAAGGAUGGAAAGAUUCCGAUAAUACAUGGGAACCCGAGGAGAAUGUGUUGGACGAGCGGCUCGUCGACGAGUUCAACUCAAGCCAAGAGAAACAGAAAAGCCGAAAACGCGGUUCGACUGGAAGUCGUGGAAGUGAGAAGAAAAAAGGGCGAAAAGCACGAAAAGCAGUGGAAACCGAUGAUGAGAGUGAUGAAAAUGAAAUCAAUGAAGCAGAUAUCGAGAGUCCAUCCACAUCAAAAACCACACGGAAAAGAGGUCGGCCACCAAUGGAAUCCGAUCAAAGUCGAAUCUCCGAAGUAGUCUCGGAAACCCGACCAAUUGUGGGAGAUUUGGAUGAAGAGGCGGCCUCUGACAACGAGGAAACACCACAAGAAAUCAUUCCGCCGAAGAGAAAAAGCAUUCAAAAGAAACGAAUUUCCGAUAAAACGCUCAAAGAAUCAAAGGAGAAAUCCUGUUCGGAUAAAGAGUCCCCAGCAAAAGAUUCACCGAAAAAACAAGCAACGAUUAAAGAAGAGAUUGAAGAUGGUGAUGAAGUGGUGAACGCGAGUACGAGUCAGAGAGAUAUCUCAACGAGUCAGAGAGACAUCUCAACGCCUAUCAAUCGAUCGGAGUCUUCACUGAAAAAGCGAAGUGAGAGCCGUGAGACAAGGACACCUCACAGUCCAACACCGCAGGCUAUUACUAAUAACAUCAUCACUAGCGCUGAUUUUAUGGAAGGACAAGUCACAUCGAUUCUAGGACCUGACUCAGGUGGCUCGAAAAAAGUGCUGAUACUUGGUGAAGUGGCACAAGAGGGCGAAAAAAUCCAACAAGCCCAGCUGUGCGAGGCGGUGAAUACGCUUGAUGAGAAAGAGUCAAUCGAAAGGAUCAAAGCUCAACUCAAAAAUGAAACGAAGCACUUGUACCGUUGGGCGGAUCCAUUCCGUUCAGGCGACGUUUUCCAUUACCAUCCGUCGAUGCGUGUCACCGAGGUGGUGGCUACAAAUGGCGAUAAAACUUUCAUCGUUGAUAUG